CCUCCUCGGCAGAUCUGGGCGUCCUUAAACGCAGCGGUAGAUUAUUCCGGCUCCUCGCCGGCAGGAAAGCCGACCCGCCCCCUUGAGCCGCAGGGGCCUCUGGGAAGUGUUGUCCGGCGUCUAACGGACCGAGGCUCGUGCUGCCCUCAGCCACAGCUGGCGCUGACCUUAGAGGCGUCUCUGACUCGGUCCGCACCGGCGGGACCAUUUGGGCGGCAUUGAGGUGUGGAAUUGGGCCUGUGUCCGCGGGCUGCGUGAUUCUUCAGGUAUUCAUUUAUUCAUCAACACACCAUUUAUUGGAUGCUGUCUGUGUGACAGGAACAAUUCUAGAUGCUUCAGAUAUAGCACUGAACAAAAGAGAAACUCUCUGCUGUCAUGGUACUUACACUGUUGUGGGCCAGAUAAUACAUGAGUUCUGCCUUUUCAAGCCCUGUCUUUUACCAGAAAGAAGAGGAAAUGACUGAAUCCCAGGGAACAGUGACAUUCAAAGAUGUGGCUAUUGACUUCACCCAGGAAGAGUGGCAGCAGUUGGAUCCUGCUCAGAGGAACCUGUACCGGAAUGUGAUGCUAGAAAACUAUAACAACUUAAUCACAGUGGGCUGUCCAUUCACCAAACCUGAUGUGAUUUUCAAGUUGGAGCAAGAAGAAGAACCUUGGGUGGUGGAGGAAGAAGUGUUAAGGAGACACUGUCCAGGAGAAAUGUGGGGAAUUGAUGAACAGAAAAUCCGGGACAGACUUUUGACACAAUUUGAAGAUAAAUUCACAAAAACACUGACUGAAGAAAAAGUCAAUGAAUGUCGUAAGAAAUUUGCAAGUGCAUUUCCUCUUAACUCGGACUUUUUUCCUUCCAGUCACAAUCUCUAUGAAUAUGACUUGUUUGGGAAGUGUUUAGAACAUAAUAAUUUUGACUGUCAUAAUAAUAGUAGAAUCUUUAUAAGAAAGGAACAUUCUGAAUAUAAUGAACCUAUAAAAUCAUUUUGCAUUAAUCCAUCCCAUCUUGCGGUAACCCCCUUUAAGUGUAAUCAUUGUGGGAAAGGAUUCAGUCAAACCUUGGACCUCAUCAGACACCUGAGAAUUCAUACUGGAGAGAAACCUUAUGAAUGUAAAAAAUGUAGAAAAGCUUUCAGCCAGAAGGAAAAACUCAUUAAACAUCAUAAAAUUCAUAGUAGGGAGCAGGCUUAUGAAUGUAAUGAAUGUGGGAAAGCUUUCAUUAAAAUGUCAAAUCUCAUUAGACAUCAAAGAAUUCAUACUGGGGAGAAACCCUAUGCAUGUAAGGAAUGUGGGAAAUCCUUCAGCCAGAAAUCAAAUCUCAUUGAUCAUGAAAAAAUUCAUACUGGAGAGAAACCGUAUGAAUGUAAUGAAUGUGGGAAAGCAUUCAGCCAGAAGCAAAGCCUCACUGCACAUCAGAAAGUUCAUACCGGGGAGAAACCUUAUGCAUGUAAUGAAUGUGGUAAAGCCUUCCCUCGAAUUGCAUCCCUUGCUCUUCAUAUGAGAAGUCAUACAGGAGAAAAACCUUAUAAAUGUGAUAAAUGUGGAAAAGCCUUCUCUCAGUUUUCCAUGCUUAUUAUACAUGUAAGAAUUCAUACAGGUGAGAAACCCUAUGAAUGUAAUGAAUGUGGAAAAUCCUUCUCUCAAAGUUCAGCCCUUACUGUACAUAUGAGAAGUCAUACUGGUGAAAAACCUUAUGAAUGUAAGGAAUGUAGAAAAGCCUUCAGCCACAAGAAAAACUUCAUCACACACCAAAAGAUUCAUACUAGAGAAAAACCUUAUGAAUGUAAUGAAUGUGGGAAAGCUUUCAUUCAGAUGUCAAAUCUUGUUAGACACCAGAGAAUUCACACUGGAGAAAAACCCUACAUAUGUAAGGAAUGUGGCAAAGCCUUUAGCCAGAAAUCAAAUCUCAUUGCCCAUGAAAAAAUUCAUUCUGGAGAGAAACCCUAUGAAUGUAAUGAAUGUGGUAAAGCCUUCAGCCAAAAGCAAAACUUUAUUACACAUCAGAAAGUUCACACUGGAGAGAAACCUUAUGAUUGUAAUGAAUGUGGUAAAGCCUUUUCUCAAAUUGCAUCCCUUACUCUUCAUCUGAGAAGUCACACAGGAGAAAAGCCUUAUGAAUGUGAUAAAUGUGGGAAAGCCUUCUCUCAGUGCUCAUUGCUCAAUUUACAUAUGAGAAGUCAUACUGGUGAGAAGCCCUAUGUAUGUAAUGAAUGUGGAAAAGCUUUCUCUCAAAGAACUUCUCUUAUUGUGCACAUGAGAGGUCAUACAGGUGAGAAACCUUAUGAAUGUAAUAAAUGUGGAAAAGCCUUCUCUCAAAGCUCAUCCCUUACUAUACAUAUACGAGGUCAUACAGGUGAGAAACCCUUUGACUGUAGUAAAUGUGGAAAAGCCUUCUCUCAAAUCUCAUCUCUUACACUUCAUAUGAGAAAACAUACAGGUAGAAGCCUUAUCAUUGUAAUGAGUGUGGUAAGGCUUUUAGCCAAAAGUCACACCUUGUUAGACACCAGAGAAUUCAUACUCAGUAGAAAUAGAAACACUAUGAAUAGUGUGAAGAUGGAAAAGCCUUCAGAAUUAGCAUCUCCUUUCACAUUACAUAAUCGGUUCUAGAGCAGAAAACUAUGAAUGUGAAAAGCCUUUGGAAGAAGUCACAUAAUUGUGAAACAUGAGAAUUCUUACACAACAUGACAAAUUGUGUAAUGAAUAAACUGAACAUCAAAAACCUUCAUAGACCUCUGUUGAUAUUUAUGCAGCAAUCUUAUUGAAAUAUGAAAUGAGGUAUCUGUACCAGCAUAUCAGCAUCACAGUUGAGCUCCUAUCCUAGCCAUUGCAUUAAGAAAAAGAAGAUUGGGGGAAAAAGAAACUAUAAAAAUAUCCUCUUACACAAGAAAUAGUUAAUUUGAAAAUGUGUUGAUGUAAAAUGUUUAAGGAUAAACAACAGUAAUUACAAGACACACACAUAUAUAUAAAGUUAGAAAACAUUUUGACGGGCACAAAAUAGGACCUGAAAUUUUGAGAAAAAUAACACUGUCUGAAAACACAUUUUCAAAAAUAUAAAUUCAUAAGUCUCUAAGGUACUUCCACUCAAAGUUUUCACUAAAUUUUAAGAAUUUCACAAACUGAUUUAAAAUUUUAUAUGAGAAUAUAAAGGACCACAAAUAGCUGAAACAAGUGAAAAAAGAGAAGACACAGUCUACCAGAUGGCAUCACAUAUUUUAUUUAAAGCUGGUGUGUCUAAACAAUGUGUUCCUGAUAAGUAAAUAAAUCAGUGGAAACAAAACAAGGAUUGAAGAAGGAUAAUCGAAAUUUUGUGUAUGGUACUGCUAUUGAAGUCACUGGAGAAAGAAUGGCCUAUUGAAUAAAUGGAAGAGUCAUAUGAACAAAAAUGAUAGCUCUCUACUUUAUACCAUAUCCAAAAAUAAAAUCCAGGUAGAUUGAAGACCAGAAUAUAAAAAGCAAAAUUCUAAAACUCUGAUGAAAAUGAAAAAGAUUUUUUACUUUACAGUAACUGCAUCACUCUAAAAACACAUAAAUAUGAAUUAGUCUUUUCUACUUUGGUGUAUUGCAUUCAGAGGCACGAAGAUAUACAUCUCUAUGUUCGUCGUGAUUUGUAUUACAAAAUUGGACAACAAAUUCUCAUUAGUAGAAGGAUAGACUAAUACCAUGUAAUUAUUGCCAUGAUAGAAUGCAGUAUUUAGAGAGAAGGUACAAAUUUAACAUAUAGUUACAUAGAUCACAAUAUAAAUAUUGAGAGAAAAGCAAAAUGUACAAUGAAAAGAUGUAACAUUUGUAUUAAUAAAAUAAUGCAAAGAACA